AGAGGUCUCCUCCCCAACACGUGAACUACAGCCUCGGCUUAUAUUUGUGUUGAGAACGGCAACUCAAGAAAUAACCUAACCUGCCCUUUGUUUUUUAAAUAAUGUUCUUCGUUACUUUCAUCUUCACACCUCCUGUCGCCCUUUAGUGUGGAUAGUCAUAGCCAGCAACUUCAGCCACCAUUUUGCAGAUAUGCUAACAGCUGUGAAGUGUAUGCUGUCAAAGCUGGUGUCUCCAUUGUGGAGGAAUGUGGAGGUGGAUGGAGAAGGCAUUUUCUCCGGUACAGCAGACAUGGAGGACAUUCGCCACCUGCGGGGCAGUGUGGUAACCCAGCUGUGCCUCGAUUAUGGCAUGAUAGACGAUGCAAUCUACUUCACCAGUGGAGAGGUGCUGGGCGGGAUGCCAAUGAAAGAAGGGGAUGUGGUGAACUGCAUAGCAGUACGAGGUGGUGCCCAAGGGGGAUGGAAAGCUUUGAGGGUGGAGAAGAGCGCAGAUGCCUGGGAGGAGGGAGGAAGAAACUCCCUAGAAGAUGACACUAUGCAGCUGCGACCGCUCAUUGGAACAGUCACAUCAUUUGAUGGAGAUGGCGGCUACAUAAACCAGACAACAUAUUUCCCACGCAGCAGUCUAUGGGAAGGUUAUGAGCCAAUGAAAGGAGACUGGGUCCAAGCAAAAUAUUUUAUCAAUCCUAACCAGUGGACCACCCAGGCUUGUUCUGUGGCCCCUUUACGCUACUGCCGCCUAGACCAGGUGCAGGUAACUAGUGUGUAUGGUAAAAUUGGAGUGGUGGACGACAGUGUGUUCUUCAGCCUGGACUCUCUGCUGCUGCCUGCCCACUAUCAGCCUUUACCAGGGCACCUGGUCAACCUGGUAAUGGUGGAGAGCAGUCAGUCCUUCUACUGCUGGAGGGCCCUGUGCAUGGCACCCUGCCUUCAGAGUGGGAAUUCUUCAGCUACAUGUCUCCCAGAGGCUGAACUCCAGAGCAUUUUGGAAAACAAAGGCGGGCUGGAUGUAACAGACUAUGGCCAGUUUGGGGAUCUGAUGCUUGGGGAGACACAAGAGCUGGUGCUCUGGAUACAAAACAAAAGUUCAGAGAGCCACAAGCUGAAGUGCUGUGACUUUGCUGGCUGGGACUCAGAGGAGCAGUUCAACCUGGUGACAGUCAAAGGCCCCACACCACUGACACGGACACGACAGCCUUCGCAAGAAAACUGCUCAGAGUCUGAAAACUGCACUGAGUCCUCAAUAAAACAAAUCAGUGAUGCAAAAGAGACAGACAAUGAAAAUGGUGAGGUGCUGAAGGAGACAAUCCAUCCCCCUGCUGUAAGGAGAGAGGAAAGAGAAGUGGAUAUUCCACCAGGAGAGAGGUUGUCUGUUGUAGUCGCCUGCCAAGCAAAGAGUCUGGGAAGCUGUGCUGAGCUGCUGUUGCUGCACUUCUCCUCUUUCACCAUCGGGAGGCGCCUGGAUGUCACAGUGGGUAGUAAAGAGGAGGACCUGCUGCAGCCCUCGGUGCCCUACAGUCCCAGAGAUGCUCGGCUGGAGCCUACAAUGCCUGCUCACGUGAUCACUGUCACUGCUCCAAAAGAAACAAGGCUUACCAAGCGGCGGCUGCCAAACUUCCUACCUAACUACCCGUUGCCUCAGGCUCUCAGAGACUGUGUGGAGACACAGAGCGACGUGCUGGCAGUUCAGCCCUGCUUAGGAGAGGUGCUGUCACCAUCCAACAUGCAUUCGCGUUUCUCAGUCCUUCUGUGGCUGGAAGAGCUGAAUGCAGAGAGGGAAAUGAGAGAAUUCACAAUCAGCGGGGCCCUUCUCAGGAAAGGCGCGGUCUACCUGCACCUAGAGGUCCUUGGGUCGGCCGAAGGCAGACCCAGUCUCAGUAUAGGUGACAGAAUAGUGUUGAAGAAACCACAAAGUAACAGUGUGGUAAUGGAGUACGUUAGUUAUAUCACAGAGAUCAACGAUGAGACUGUGAGUUUAAGGGUGAACUCAGAGUUUCAGCGCAGCUACCUCGGAGAGCCCCUUGAUGUUGAGUUCUCUUACAACAGAUUGACCAUGAGGCGCUGUCACAAUGCACUUGAUCAGACGAAACAGUUUGGGGAGAUUCUCUUCCCCUCCAAAGUGACUGUUCAGACCCCUCAGUGGACAGGAGAGUGGAUAGACGAGCCAGACCGAGACAAAACAGUGGAGGACAAUGAGGCUCCAGCCAUGGAAAAUGGACAGGCGUCAAGCAUUUACAUCGACAUGAAGUCAAAGGCCACACAGACGAAAGAUGGUAGAGUGCCAUCCAAACCCAUCCCCAGCCAAGGGCACUUUUUUAACCCGGACUUGAACCCCCCUCAGAGAGAGGCGGUGAAGAGGAUCCUGGCAGGGGAGUGUCGGCCCAUUCCUUACGUUCUGUUUGGACCUCCAGGCACUGGAAAGACCAUCACCCUCAUAGAGGCUAUACUACAGGUUUACCACUUUGUGCCCAGUAGUCGGAUACUCGUAUGUACCCCUUCCAACAGCGCUGCUGACCUCAUCUGCAUCCGCCUCCAUAAUAGUGGUUUCCUGCAUGCUGCAAGUUUGGCCCGUGUUAACGCAUCCUCUCGGCAGGAAGAGUCUAUCCCAGAAGUGCUUAGACUGUACUCGAAGGCAGGAGAGGACAUCCGUCAUGCCUCCUUUCACAGGAUCGUGGUCAGCACCUGUUCCAGUGCCGGCAUGUUCCAUAAUAUCGGACUACAAGUGGGACAUUUUACCCAUGUGUUUCUGGAUGAAGCCGGCCAGGCCACUGAACCAGAGUCCCUGAUCCCCAUGAGUUUUGUAUCGGAGAGAGAUGGACAGAUAGUGUUGGCUGGAGACCCCUGCCAGUUGGGUCCAAUAGUGAAGUCCAAGCUGGCAGCUGCCUUUGGCCUGGGGGUGUCUCUGUUGGAGAGGCUGAUGGCCAACCCACUGUACUCCAGACACGAGUGGGGAUACAACCCCAAGCUGGUGACAAAGCUGAUCUACAACUACCGUUCCCACGAGGCCUUGAUCACGCUGCCUUCCAAGCUCUUCUACAAGAAUGAGCUGUGCUUUAAAGCUCAGAGGGCCGUAGUGGAGUCUCUCUGCCAGUGGACAUCCCUGCCCAAAAAAGGCUUCCCGCUCCUCUUCCAUGGAGUCAGGGGCACAGAAAUGAGGGAAGGUAACAACCCAUCAUGGUUCAACCCCAUGGAGGCUGUACAGAUCAUGCUCUACUCCUGCCAGCUGGCCAAGAAGCUCUACAACCCUGUGGACGUCUCUGACAUUGGCAUCAUUGCCCCCUACAAGAAACAGUGUGAGAAGAUACGAGUGCUGCUGGGUAAGGUGGGCCUGUCUGACAUCAAAGUGGGCACUGUGGAAGAGUUCCAAGGACAAGAGUUUCUCGUCAUCAUCAUGUCUACGGUGCGCUCUAACGAAUCAAUACAGAGCAAUGAUUUGCAGAGUUCGCUCGGCUUUCUGUCCAACCCCAAACGCUUCAACGUGGCCAUCACUCGUCCUAAAGCCCUGCUGUUAAUCGUUGGAAACCCCCACCUUCUCAUCAGAGAUGCAUGCUUCAGGGCUCUACUGGAGUACUGUUUCAUCAACGGGGCCUAUCUGGGCUGUGACCCCCCUCCCUCCCUAAGGGACUCUCAGAUAGUUGCAGAGGAGCAAAGGACUGCAUGAGAGGACGAUGUAAUCAUGGAUGGUGCACCCCGGCUCCGUCAGCCUGACUGUCUUAUCGUGUUCUAAGUUUAUUUUCCCGUCACAUUUUGUUGCCUCUCUUUUGACUGUUUGCAAAGUGAUCUGAAAGCUGUCUUAAUCAUUGCUGACUGAACUGGUUUGAAAAGAGAAAUUUCUUGUUUCAGUGAAAGCCAAACGCAGUUCCAUUCAGGGGGGGUGGGGUAGGAAUAAACAUGACGCUC